AUAGGAGUAAAUCGUGAUGAUCUUGAGAGAUCACCAUGGUUAAUUAAAGCCAUGAAUAAACCUAUUGCUGACAAUCAUGGUUUUGUCUGGGAAAAGGCAACAGAAGGAGAAUUUUUUAAAGUACAGUAUUCAAAGAUGAAUUGGAAGAUCUAAUCAUUAAUUUACAAUAUAUUUUUAUUUUGUGAUGGAAGAUAGUGGAAUUGACAGUGAUCCAAAGACUAUUAGUCAUACAGAAGAUGAGAGACUUUUUGUGGGAAGUGAUAGCAGUUGCAGCAGCAAUCAAACACAAACAUCUCAACAUAAUUCUACUACUAAACAAUUGCAAAGAAAGCUUGAGGCACGGAUUGAACAAGCUAAACGUAUUCAACGUAAUACAGAUUAUGUAAAGUUGCCAAAAUAUGAUAAGGGAUGUGGGAGUGGUAGUAGUGCUGCUGGUCUAAUUUCUAUUCAAAGACUUCCUGUACCAAACAAAAGUAAAGAACAUCUUCCUCUUGUUGAAUACUGGCAUAGUGAUAGUGAAAGUGAUGGAGAAAUGACUCUUUUUCCAACAACUAAAUCAAAAGAUUCCUCAAAGCAUAAACAAGAUCUAACUGAUACAUUUAGUAUUGAAGAAAUGAGUGAAGAAAGCGAGGAUUCUUUGAAUUUAGAACCUGCACAACCGUCUUCAGAGCUCAAAUUUAUUAAAUCUUAUAGAUGUACUGGUGAUUGCUUUCGUUGUCUGUGCCACAUAUUGUAAUUCAUUGUGAUGUACAUAUGCCUUGAAUAUUUUACAGAUUAAUUAUUUUUAUGCAUUAUUAAAUAUUACUUUAGUCUUUCAAAGUUUUAUGUAAUUAUGUAAUGAAAAAUUUUAUAUAUAUUAAAUUAUGGAAAUUAAAUAUAUCAGAUAUUUACAGCAUGUAAGUUAGAAUUUGUUAUUUAUUUUAAUUUUUAUGAAAAUUAGAGAAUUUGUUAAAAUGCAUUUUAUGUAAAAUUUUCUCAAUAUAUUCCGUAAAAUGAUAAAUAUUAAGAGUAAUGAAAGUUAUACUUUGUAUGUAAUUAAUGAUAUUUGAUGAUUAAAUGAUGUUCAAGAAAUUAAA